AUGGAGGGAAGUAGCUACCAGCCUUUUCAGAGAAUCUUGAGGUUUGGGACGAUAAAUUUUAGUGAUUAUAAAGAUCUUGAAGUGCCAAGUUUCCAAAAUGCCGAUGCUUUGAGUCAAGAGGUUCACAAUUUAGCUCCGAAAGAUUCGGUGAAUGGAAAUGAGAAUGUCAAGGUAGGUCCUGUGGUGUCGAAAGAUGCGAAGCAUAAGAAAGAGAGAUACCCUGUAAGGCCCAAGGUGGAUGAUUGCCUCUAUUUUAUGAAAUAUGGUUGGUGCAAGUUCGGAUUCAAUUGCAGAUAUAACCACCCAUUCAAUCAGUUAAUCCAGGUUCCUUUAGAAUACCAUGAUGCUCUUAUAUACACAGCAGCAGAAUGGGGCCAGCCUAUCGCUGCAGAGCUUCAGCUGCCAAUGAAAACUUUAUCAGCAGAUGCCAAGGCCUACCAGCAGAUGCCAAGGCCUAUCAGCAUAUGCCCUCUAAAUGAUAAAGGCCUGCCUUUAAGGCCUGAUAUGGAGGUCUGUACAUUCUACAGUCGCUGCGGGGUCUGCAAGAAGGGACCAGCAUGUAGAUUUGACCAUCCAGAAACUCUGGCGGUUCCAGCUGAUGGAUCAGAAGAUUCUGCUGGAUCAGAAGAUUCUGCUGGAUCAGAAGAAGCUGGGGUUCCUGCUGCUGGAUCCCAAGAUGCUCAGGGUCUUCCGGCUCAGUUAUCCCAGCUUCCUGACCCGACCACCGAAGAUGAAGCCUAAUGAAGUCAGUCAUUUAUGCAGCAGACUGACUUUCUGCUUUAAAAUUCUAGUUUAUCUGAACACAUGUCUUAAUAUUUCCGUUUACAUUCUGCUGUUGUCGCAAACUCUUUAAGGGUUUUUUUCACCGUCGGAUAAACAUAUCCCUCCUGUCUCUCAUUUAAUAAUCGUGUAUGCUUGAUUUAGUUUCCAUUU